UUGGCCGGCCGCGUCGCGGGAAGGCAGGCGGCCGAGGCGGGGCAGGAGCCAUGAACGGCAGCCGCAGCGAGAGCGACUGGCAGGGGCUGGUGGGCGAGUACCUGGUGUGUAAACGGAAACUGGAGAGCAAGAAAGAAGCCCUCCUCAUUCUCUCGAAGGAGCUUGAUUCCUGUCAACAGGAAAGAGACCAGUUCAAGCUUAUGGCUAACCAACUACGGGAAAAGCACCAAUCGCUAAAGAAGAAAUACCAAGAACUAAUUGAUGGCGAUCCUUCUCUUCCUCCAGAGAAAAGAAAACAGGCGAAUCUCACCCAGCUUCUGAGCGAUUCCCGGGAUCGAAAUAAACAUUUAGGGGAAGAAAUCAAAGAAUUGCAUCAAAGACUGGGAGAAGUGCAGGGAGACAACAAGCUUCUUCGGAUGACAAUUGCCAAGCAAAGACUUGGAGAUGAAGAAGUUGGAGCCCGUCAUUUUGCUCCCCACGAGCGAGAAGAUCUCGUGCAGCAGCUGGAGAAAGCACGAGAACAAAUGGAGACUCUACAGCUUGAUCUUCAAGCAUCAUUGGAUGAGCUCCAGGACAUGAGAGAAGAGCGUUCCUUUUACCAAGAGAAGUCUGAAAAGUUAAACCAAGAACUGAACCACGUUCUCGGAGGACACGUCGACCGCAUCAUCGAUAUAGAUGCUCUCUGCAUGGAAAACAGAUACCUUCACGAGCGAUUAAAACAAGUUCAAGAAGAAGUUAAUAUUCUGAAAUCGAACAUUGUGAAAUACAAGAACGCUCUAGAAAGAAGGAAAAAUUCAAAAGGUCACAGCAAAUCAAACAGCAGCGCCCUGACUGGAAUCCUUUCUGCAAAGCAAGUGCAAGAGCUGUUAUCCGAAGAUCAUGGCUGUAGUUUACCAGCGACCCCUCAGUCCAUUUCUGACCUUAAAUCCUUGGCUACAGCUUUAUUGGAGACCAUUCAUGAGAAGAAUAUGGUCAUCCAGCACCAAAGGCAAACCAACAAAAUCUUAGGCAAUCGGGUGGCGGAGCUGGAGAAAAAACUGAGAACUUUGGAAGUUUCUGGGUUAUGGAGUCUCCCAGGUGGCAAGGAUACUAUUACCUUUAGUGAACCAGCUCUUCCUGCCAUCCAGAGGUCACGAUCGCCAUUGCGAGCGUUCAUUGAGAAGCCACAACAGAAUCGAGAAGAAGAAGAUCAACCGAGGCAGCUGCCAAUCACAUGUCCUGCUAAACGAGAACGGACUCUUCCAGAGGAAUCUGCUCCCCUUUCAGAUGACUCAUGCAGAAAUCCAAAGAACAGUUCUCCAGCCAACAAUUUCUAUUCCUCGUUGCCUCAGGAUCUGUCCGAAGAAGGCAACACGAGUGGCCCAGAGAAGGACAACGUGGAGCUGGCCGAAGAGCUGUCCGCUGUGGAACUGGGGGAUGGAGUAACGGAAGAUCCGAUGGAGAGACCUGACGGAAGCCCUGCAGCAGAAGUGGACAGUUUCAUUGAAGGGGACUCUCCCUUGUCCAGCCCUCCUGCCUGGAGUUCCAAAGAAGCGUCUGAGCUUGAGAAGAAACAUCUGGGUGGAAAGCAGACUGUGGAAGAACUGACAGGCGCCCAGGAAAACGGGGUAGCCUUGUGUAGCUGAAAACGACCAAAGGAAAUACAUGACCAUGCUGGAUGUUACAGAUGCUCCCAAAGUUCAUUCUUUCCUCUUCAGCCUUGAGUUACAUUCCAAAUAAAAGACCUGAAGCUA